UUGUGCUGAUAUCAGACCAAAAUUCCUCUGUCAGUCAGUCUGUGCUUCAUAGCCUCAAGCAUGUUUCACAUAUUUUUGUUUAUUUUGCAUAUCUUAUGUCUCUUUGGCUGUCAAGGUAGAUGUGAGGCAACACAACGAGUGAUCGAAUAUAAUGUAGAUGGCGGAAAAGAAGAUCUGUUUGAUGUUAAUGAAGAUGCGGGUCUUGAUCUAUUCGAGGGAGAUAUUUUAUAUGAUGAGAAAUUGGGGAGAAAUUCUAUAAUCGGGGAUGAAUACAGAUGGCCAAAAACAAUUCCUUAUUACCUUGAGGAUGAUUUGGAUAUCAAUGCAAAAGGGGUUAUCCUGAAGGCCUUUGAACAGUAUCGGUUGAAGUCAUGUAUCGACUACACACCAUGGAAUGGAGAAGAAAACUAUAUCUCUGUAUUUAAAGGCAAUGGCUGCUUUUCAUCAGUUGGUAACCGGCGAGUUGGCAAACAGAGGCUGUCCAUUGGCAGCGGAUGUGAUCGAAUCGCCACCAUUGAGCAUGAGUUUCUCCAUGCAUUAGGCUUCUGGCAUGAGCAAUCUCGCUCUGACCGUGACGACUAUGUCUCCAUCAUCUGGGACCGCAUUUCAGAAGACAGGAAGCAUAACUUCGUCAAAUACGACGACACUACAUCCAGUUCCUUGAACGUACCUUAUGAUUAUGGUUCCAUGAUGCAUUACAGUAAGAAAGCUUUCCAGAAUGGCACUGAUCCCACCAUAGUCACCAAGAUCCCUGCCUUCAGUGACGUCAUAGGCCAGCGCAUGGAGUUCAGCGACAGCGACCUGCUCAAACUCAACAGACUCUACAACUGCAAAAGCUCCUCCACAUUUCUGGACUCCUGUAACUUCGAAUCGGAAAAUAUCUGUGGAAUGAUCCAAAGCCAUGAAAAUGCUGCAAGCUGGCAGCGAGUUUCCAAAGCUACAGGUGGACCAGACACUGACUACACCAACAUGGGACGUUGUGAUGGAAAGGGUUAUUUCAUGCACUUGAGCACAGCGGUUGGGAUGGAGGAGGACAAGGCACUGCUGGAGAGCAGGAUUCUUUACCCCAAGCGAGGAUUCCAGUGCCUGCAGUUUUUCCUCUACAAUAGCGGUCAUCCUAGUGACCAGCUCAGGAUCUGGACGCGAGAGUUCGACAUGGCAAACCCGAACGGGACCCUGCAUCUCAUUCAGCAGAUUGAAGCUCCUCCCGGUGGCCUGUGGCAAAUCCACCACGUGAGCCUGAACGUCUCCAAAAAGGUCCGUGUGGUGUUCGAGGGAAUUAAAGGGAGUGGAAACACAGGCGGACUCUCACUAGACGACAUCAACCUAUCAGAGACGACUUGCCCUGAACAUGUAUGGAUGAUUAAGGACUUCAGAAGCAUUCUGGAGAACACGCCAAUGGACACUGCUAUUUAUAGCCCGCGUUUCAGAUCUAAGGAUGGCUACACCUUCCAAAUGAGCCUGUAUCCCAAUGGCACAGCUGGAUACCCAGGCGAGCUGGGAGCUUAUGCUCACUUAACGUCAGGGGACGAUGCCGUGAAUGACAGUCUGGUCUGGCCUGCCCGCUGGAAGCAGAUGACCAUGAUGCUGAUGGACCAGAACGCAGACAUCCGCAAACGUAUGUCCAACCAGAGGAGCGUAACAACAGACCCCACGAUGAAAGUGGAAGGGACUGAACAUUUCUUCUGGGAUGAUCCACGUAAAGUUGGGAUGAAAGUAACAGAAGACGACGGGACAGAGUACUUCCGUGGUCCAGGUGCCGGGACCCCCGUUUACCUCACCCAGGCCAGAGCCCUGAGCCGAGACUUCAUCAAGGGCGGAGAUGCCAUCUUCCUCCUCACAAUGGAAGAUAUCUCUCAUUUGGUUGCUUCACAGCCCUUCCCUUCCACAACCAUGACUCCAACAAACUCAACUGCGGCAACACCCGGUCCAACAAAUUCAGACAACACGUCAACCAGCACUACAUCUGCCACCACCACCACUACACCUCACGACCCAUGUGUGUCAGUGCAAUGUGAAAAUGAUGGCGUGUGUGUGCUGAACGACGCAGGAGAGGCGAUGUGCAGGUGCGCGGUGGGUAACGACUGGUGGCAUUACGGCGACAGAUGCCAGUUUAGGAGCUCUGCCCAAAACAACAUCAUCACCGCCGUACUGGCGUCUGUCACGGUGUUUGCCAUCAUGCUGAUCGUGACGAUAGUCAGCGUGGUCUGUGUGAAGAAGCACCAGAGGAAAGCACGGCUUGCUGGAGAGGGAAUCACCAUGAAAAACAUGCACUCGUUCAGGGCAUGAGGAUCUGACGCGUUUCUCUAAAGGCCCAUUCACACCAACACAGAAGACUAUACGGAUAACUGUGAGCAUUAGCGCACACACUAGCGGACGACGUCGUUCUGUUUAUUCUAAGCGGUUUUGUCACCUUCCGCUUUAAAUGCUCUUUAAAUCAUGAAGGAUU